CAGAAAAAUGUACACAAAUUCAGUCGCUUAUCAACAUUUGCCGUGCCAGGCUUUGCUUAACAUAAAAAGUAGAAAGUUGCCCAUGGAGGCGUGUAGGCGCAAACUAAACCACAAGCAAAAUUUGAAAUUCGGAUUAUCACUAAAUCAAAUUGAUGCCAUUAAAAAGUGAUCAAGAGAUUAUGGAAAAUUCAAUGCUUGAGGAGGAUCCGAAUGGCAAUUCGGCACUCGAACAGGUAUUCAACACAGAAAAGAAUUCUCCUCGGUGGGGACCACAACAUAAGGGUGCACAAGAGCUUGCUAAGCUGUAUGGCCCAGGGAAACGUCUACAAGAGAUAGUCUGCGUUUACACCUGCAUCGCACUCAUGUUAGUUGACCUGAUACUGAUCCUAAAACAUAUACAUUUUGAAAGACUGAGUGUGGCUUGUGUAUCGGCAUUGUGUGGUAUUAUAACGGCCGACUUCGGUUCCGGAUUAGUCCACUGGGCAGCUGAUACUUGGGGUAGCGUUGAAUUACCGGUCAUUGGGAAGAAUUUUUUACGACCUUUCCGUGAACAUCAUCUGGAUCCAACGUCUAUAACGCGGCAUGACUUCAUUGAAACCAAUGGUGACAACUUUAUGGUUAGCAUACCCAUAUUGGGCUUCUUAGCAUACAGCUUUAACACGAAAUCACCUCAAGAUAUCCAGCAAGAUUUUGGCUGGAUAUCAUAUUUGUUUUUGUGUUCAAUAUUUGUGGCUAUGACAAAUCAGAUUCACAAAUGGUCGCAUACUUAUUGGGGUCUACCGCGUUGGGUUCUCUUCUUGCAAAACUAUCACAUAGUAUUACCACGAAAGCAUCACCGCAUACAUCACGUAGCACCGCAUGAGACAUAUUUUUGCAUUACUACGGGCUGGCUGAAUUGGCCAUUAGAAAAGAUUAAAUUCUGGCCCACGUUAGAGGCUAUAAUUGAGUACUGUACAGGCUGCAAGGCACGCGACGAUGACCUCAAGUGGGCAAAAAAGAUGACAUAACUGUAUUGGGACAAAGCUGAGAAAUGGGCUUUAAUCCUCGAGAUCCUCACAAACUAGUCGAGAACCAUACAUACAAAUGUACGUAUACACCGGAAUGUGUGUACACGUGUGGAUGUUUCUGCAAAUCACACCAAAACAAAAUUGUUAAACUUUUAUGAUAAUUUUUCUUGCGCUGAAUGUACAAAUGCUGAAUAUACAAAUCGCAUUAGUUUGUCCAUACUAAUUAGUAUUUUUUAUGAUAUUCUCAAAUUUCAUACAAACACAUGCAUAUGCAUAUAUGUGCGUACGUUCAUAAAAUUAAUACACAAACACACACACACACAUAGUAUGUUGAAUGAAAGUGCAACAACAACUUAACAUCAAAUAUCACAAGCAAUUACAUAAUUUAAGUGAACACUCUAGGAGAGUUAGGAAGCUUUUUUACAAAUAUACACUACAUAGCGCAUAAUUAGAAGAAAAUAUCAUUUUUAAAUAAUUUAACUUUAAGCUUUUAUAGAUAAUACAAUUAUUAAACUGCUUGAAUAACAACUAACGGUCAAUUGUUUAGAAACAAACAAAGAAGCAAACGGUAAAUUAAUUUGUACUUCAAAAUAGAACGAAUUAGACACAUAGCAUAGCAUAUGUGUGUAUUGUACUUUAAAGUUAACUUUAAACUUUAUAAUUUAUAAUUUCCACGCCAAUCCAUUUUUAUUACUAUUACUACUAAUGCAUAACAUAUGUAUGUAUAUGCAGUUUUAACAAUAACCAUAAUUUUGAGAACCAAACAUUUUUUAAUUGAAAAAAUUAAUAAUCUUAUUCAGUGUGUUGUUAUGAAAUUAAGUUGUUUAAUGCUCCGACUGCGGUUUGCAGCUCAAUUUUUCUGUAUUUAUGUUAAAGUUUUGAAAUUCGAUACUAUGGAUAUUAACCCAAAUCUCGAAAAAAAUCAGUUUUAUCGUUCUUCAAUUUUUGUUGUGGUUUGACAGAUAAUAAGAUUAAAAUUUUCGAACAUAUUAUAAACAUGCAUUUGAAAUUCAUGGCAAGAAUGCGCAGCACAUCAGUUAUGACUGCAACAUAUUCCUCAUUGCACUACUACUGUGAUCAAAUUGAAAGGUGAAUUUUGUCCAUAUUUCAUCUCCUUCAAAGUAAUCCCCACCCGCUGCAAUACACUUAUGCCAACAAACUUUCCAGUCAUCAUAGCACUUGGAAAAAUCCUGCGUCGUGAGCCUUCUUCGAUUCAGCUUUUAUAUCCUCGAUCGAGUCAAUUGUUUAGAAACAAACGGUGUCCUCGGAGUAGUCAUGUGAAUUUGCUGAAUAGCCAGAAGUUACCCAAAGGUAAAUCAAGUGAAUGCGGUUGUUGCGACACGAUAUUACUUGAAAAUAUGGCGAAACGAUCACGAAUAAGCAAUGCAGUAUGAGAUGGUGCAUAAGCGCACUUCUUUGUUCAAUAAGUUCAGGCAUAGUACAAGAAAAACUCGAAGAAUUCACUUUAAGAGCCUCACAAAACGACGCGUAUCUCAAAUAGUAACAAAUAUUUUCGUGAAAUUUAGCAUAGAUGUCACUAACAGUACUACCAACUUACGGAAAAUAAAAAUUUACCGAUUCGAAAGACACGCGAAGUAUAAAUUAAAAAUCACCUUUCAAUUUGAUCGCAAACGAAUGUGCAUUUUAAUGUUUAUUCACCCUUUCGGGAGCAUUAACUGAAUUGAAUUAUUUAGAUUUUUCGAUUAAAAAUCUCAGCAGUUUUAUUAUCUAUCAAAUCUUAAAUUUUUUAAGUUGGCAACAUGAAUUAGUUGUUGUUCGUAAUGCCAAAGGUUGGUUGUUCUGAUGCUUUAACAAGAAAAAACGUUAACUUAGCUAAUACAACGUUAAUGAAGCUAAUAUACCCUUCACAGGUGCAUUUCUUUUAGUAACUAUGUGUCCAAUUUGUAUGGAAGCUAUAUGCUAUAGUAAUCCGAACUGGACAAGUUUUUUUCGGGGAUUAUAUUAUUAUCUUAAGCAGUAAUCCAUGUCAAAUUUCAUGUAUAUAUCUUGUCUAAUGCAAAAGUUUUCCAUACCAUCACUAGUUUCCGAUCGUUUGAUUUAUAUGGCAGCUAUAUGCUAUUGUGAGCCGAUCUGAACAAUUUCUUCCGAUAUUACAUUAUGUCUAUGAACAAUAACUCAUACCAAAUUUCUUGAAAAUAUACAUUAAAUGUGAAAGUUUUCCAUGUAAGCAUUUGAUUCCGAUCAUUCAGUUUGUAUGGCAGCUAUAUGUUCUAUUGGUCCGAUAUCGGCAAUUCCGACAAAUGAACAGUUCCUUGAAGAGGAAAUGACUUUUGCAAAAUUUCAAAACGAUAUCUUUAAAGCUGAGACACUAGUUCGUAUAUAUACAGACGGACAGACAGACAGACGGACAUGGCUAAAUCGACUCAGCUGAACAUACUGAUCAUUUAUAUACAUAUGCCAUUAAUAUGGGAAUAUCAACGAGAUAAUGACUCUAAACAUACUAGCAAGUCCGCAAAAAAAUGGUUUAGGGUCAACGGAGUUGAGGUUUUUGUGGUGACCUGCUCAGUCUCGUGACCUCAACCCCAUUGAAAACCUGUGGACAGAUAUCAAGAAGAAAGUAGCUGAAGGAGAGAUGUAUGACAAGUAGUAGAAGAGACUUGUGAAGGAAUGAACAUAUUAAGUUUCGGAAAUAGUCUAGACAUAUUAAAACAAUAUCCUCCACGUCCAAAGCUUUGACAAAUUGUUCCAUCAUACGAGAAAUUAAUUUUGGUAGACUGUACCGAUAUCUGUGUAUUUGGAGACAUUAUUAUUUCUGAGUAGGCCUAUGCGAAUUACUUGUGAAACGAGAGCGAGAAUUUCAUUGACUAAACAGGAAAUUUUGAAGACCGCAAUUCCAGAUAUCUUUACGUUUGGUUCUUUUAUUUUAACACCCUCCGCUUAUAUUUUUUUCGGUAUGGUGAUGUUUAUACAUAUGCGCGAAAGAGGUGCGCAGAACUUUAAUUGUGACUGGAAAAAUAAAUUUAAUUGCUAACAAGUCAAUAAUGGCUUAAAAUAUAAGAUAAGCAAUAAUCGUAAAAAUAGGAGCAUUUUUAAUACUUUUAAGAAUAAAUACGUCAUUUGGGCAUGAAAAUUUGUUAAUAUACCCAGGGCAACACAAAAAAAAAAAUUUAAAUUAAUUUCAUGUUGUCUUUCAAAUUUUACUGGCAAUGUAUUUUUAACUUGCUGAAAGCUAUUAUUCUUUCCAGAAAUCAAUAAAAUUUUGUAAUUUUUUUUCUAGGAAUAUUUAAAUUUUAGUUGUUCUACCUAGUUCCAAUCGUAACGCCUUGCGAUGACCAUCACUAAUCAGCUAAAACCAAUUUUUAAUUUAACAAAAUGACGUCUUUAAGAUCAUUCAUCCAGAUUUUCGGGGAAAAAAACAACAACUAAAGAUUAUAAAAAAUCGAACAAGAUUAAAAAAAUCCAAAUUUUCGUGGAAAAAACCAACAGCUAAGGAUGAUAAAAAAUCGAACAAGAUUAAAAAAUCCUUCGUACAAGAAAUAUUUUUCAUGCUUUCAAAAAGUUGCAUAAAUUUGAUACCAAGCGGGUUUCGAGCUACAGUCUGGUAACCACUUCAAAAACAAAGUUUUCAGAAAACUCAUUUGAAGCUUUACACGCCCUCGACUUUAAGUAAAAAAUAUGUUCCAGAGCACCCAUUAAUAUUUUGCUAAUUAUUGAAUAACUUGAAAGGUUAGUUCUGAUUACCCCUAACCCUUAAUUUGAACAUUAAUUCAUGUGAUUUUAUUUACAUAUGUAUAUUCGACAUGAUGCGGCACUUCUAAAUUAAAAAUAAAUUCUAUACAGAGUAAAAAUGACAUAUUACGUUAGUUUUUGAAUCUUUCAAGUUUGGCUUUGAGGAUCAUUUAAAUUGUGAAUUUAAAAAUUUCAUUUAUGCUUAUAUUAAUUUAUAGAAAAAUUGUAGUGUAUGCUUUUCUUAAGAUAUCUAAAUAAAUUAAAUUAAAAACUUAGGAAUAGAAAAUUUUCUAUAAACGCAUAUUAUGUGCACCUUUUUACGCUUAUUGCCAUUUUAUUUCGAAACGUAUACCAAAAACCAAAGCUUUAAUAUAAAUAAUUAUAAUUCGUAAAAAAAAACGUAAGUGACUUACAUUUUGCCUUAAAAAGAAAAUAUGAGAAGAAACAUUACAAAUCAUCAUUGAUAAUAUUGUAUAAGAUAAGGCCAACCUAUGCUUUAAUUAUAAUUCAAGUUGUAAGAUUGUAAUUAAGUCUGUUAAGUGGCUACAAACAAGCAAAUACGAAAACAAUCUAAACUUCGUCGUUUUAUAGAGUGCACCCUUUUACACAAACAAAUAUGUAUGUAUGUACGAAUACCUAUAUAAGUUGAUUAUUAUACGAUUACUUAUAUACAUUUGUAAACAACUUUAUUCUGAAGCAAUUUUGUAUUUGUUUGCAAGUAAUAAAGCAAUAUUCAUUGUGAUUAUGGCUA